AUGAGCAACGAUGAUCGUCACGGGUCUUCCUCUUGUCCAAGCCGAUUCACGAGUUUGUAUUUAGCAAACCUUGAUCCACAAAUCUCUGAAGAAAUGUUGAUUCAGAUGUUCUCGGGUUACGGAAAGAUGAUUAGAUUUGUUCUAGCAAAGGAUUUCAGAGGAGAGUCUCGAGGAUUUGCUUUCAUUGAGUUUGAAAGCACGGAUAGCGCUGAACAUGCCGCCAAACACAUGAAUGGAAGGCUAAUAGGUGAGAAGAUUCUGUACGUUGAGAGGACACCAAAGUUCCACGAAGGACAAGAUAUAUGA